AUGUCACAUAUUCAAAAGGUCGCCAUUGUUGGCUGUGGCUCUAUUGGAGCCUCUUGGGCUGCUCUUUUUCUAGCACAGGGCCUUCAAGUAUCAGCUUUCGAUGUCAACCCUGCUGCCGAAACGUUCCUUCGAUCCCUUGUCACUGACGCCCUGCCUAUUCUUUCGACGCUGGACAUUUUUUUCACGACGAACAUGGCCGAGGUUCUCGUGGACGCCGAUUUUGUGCAAGAAAACGGACCGGAGAAACUAGAUUUCAAGCGGAGAUUGUUCAACGACAUGGCGAACAUUGUUCGGCCAACCACAAUCAUUGCUACCAGCAGCAGUGGCCUGACUUGUUCAAGUAUACAGCUUGGAAUGGAUAAAUCAAGCCGGCCUGAACGAUGCGUUGUUGGCCAUCCUUUCAACCCUCCGCACCUCAUUCCCCUUGUGGAGGUAGUCGCCGGUGAGCAGACAUCAUCUGAAACUAUCAGUACCACCAUGGAGUUUUACGAAAAGAUGGGGAAAAAGGCAGUGCACGUUAAAAAGGAAGUUGUCGGUCACGUCGCCAACCGUCUCCAGGCAGCCUUGAUGAGAGAGGUCAUGUACCUACUACAGGAGGACGUUGCCGGGGUUGAGGACAUUGACAAAGCAAUGAGUUAUGGGCCCGGUCUUCGAUGGGGCGUAAUGGGUCCGAACAUGUUAAUGCACUUGGGAGGCGGUGAAGGCGGAAUCGAGUACAUGGCGGAUCAUUUGCUGGGUCCCUUGAUGUCUUGGUACGCACCUGAAGAUCCUCAAGUCACGGCAGAAUUGAGGCAGAAAUGGGUCUCAGGAACGAGGCAGGCCGUGGAUGACAGGGCUUACAGACAACUCGCGAAGCAGCGAGAUGAGGAGUUGGUACGACUCCUGAACGUGAGGAAAGAGUGGGAUAGCUAUGCAGAAACAAGCAAGAACCCGGUCGCGGAGUAG